GCGAGCGAAAGAAGACAUUGAGCUCUUGUCCAGGAACGAAGUGGGAAGGCCAGGAGCUACAAUAUUUUAUUGCGUACAGUCCACGCUGAAUUACAGGAAGAAUACUUAUGCUACACGGAGUAAAUACGGAAACAAUCUUACUAAUAAUCUAUUCGUUUGAUAUUUUGUUUGUUUCACAGACCAGCUAUUAGAAAUCAUAUGAGAGUUUGUUUUAUUUUUUAUUCAAAGGCUCCUUUUUGGAGCGAAAAAGCUUGUUUAUAUUCCUCCAUUUUAUUUUCAUUCGCCUACCUGGAGAUUUAUGACUAAAAAUUAAUACAGCAAGAAAAUGAGAGGAAAUUUGAACCUUUCCAAUCGCAUAGUAUCAACAGAUUCACAAAUUGAAGUAAUACCCUGCAAGAUCUGUGGGGACAAGUCAUCAGGGAUCCACUAUGGCGUAAUCACCUGUGAAGGCUGCAAGGGUUUCUUCAGACGCAGCCAGCAGAACAAUGCUAUGUACUCCUGCUCCCGGCAGAGGAACUGUCUGAUUGACCGCACCAAUCGGAAUCGCUGCCAACAUUGCCGGCUGCAGAAGUGCCUGGCCCUGGGCAUGAGCCGUGAUGCUGUGAAGUUUGGCCGCAUGUCCAAAAAGCAGAGAGACAGCCUAUACGCUGAGGUCCAGAAGCACCAGGCAUCCCAGGAGUUAGCUGCUGCCCGUGAGGUGGGAGCCGAGAUCGAAGGUCAUGGCCGGGCAUACAGCAGAGGCUCCAGUGCUGCUCUCAGCGACCUUGAUGACAUCGCCACUCUGCCGGAUGGCCUGCUGUUCGACCUACCCCUGACACCAGAGGGCGCCGAAAGAGAGUACUGCAAUCUGGAGAUGAUAGGGGGCAGCAGCUCCUCCUCUCAGAGUUCGCCCGAACAGAACGGACUGGACUUCAGAGAUGGCAACCACCACAUCAAGCACGAGUACCAGCUGCUGCAUGAGUCCAGCCUGUUCACACACACGCUGCUCAACACUCUACCCGAGGGGUUCUCAAUACUUGAGAUCGAGCGUAUUACUGCUAGUGUGGUAAAGUCUCACAUGGAGACCAGUCAGCACGGCAGUGAGGAGCUGAAGAGACUUGUCUGGUCCCUGUACACUCCUGAGGAGACACGCAGCUUCCAGAGCAAGUCUGCGGAAGUCAUGUGGCAGCAUUGUGCCAUUCACCUCACCAAUGCCAUCCAGUACGUGGUGGAGUUUGCCAAGCGCAUCACUGGAUUCCUGGAUCUUUGUCAGAACGACCAGAUCAUUCUUCUCAAAGCAGGAUGUCUGGAUGUGCUUCUGAUUCGCAUGUGUCGUGCCUACAACCCCAUCAACAACACUGUUCUGUUUGAUGGCAAGUUUGCCAGUGCACAGACCUUCAAAGCUCUUGGUUGUGAUGACCUUGUGGGUGCCGUGUUUGACCUGGCCAAGAGCCUUAGCCGUAUACAGCUCUCUGAAGAGGAAAUGGCUCUGUUCAGUGCUGCUGUUCUCCUGUCACCAGACCGACCAUGGUUGAAAGACACCCAACAGGUGCAGAAGCUUCAAGAGAAAGUAUAUCUCUCUCUGCAGCAUUGUCUACAUAGAUGUGGCUCAUCGGAGGAGAAACUGGCAAAGAUGGUGUCCAAGCUUCCCAUGAUGAAGUCCAUCUGCAAUCUCCACAUUGACAAGCUCAAGUUUUUCCGUCUCCUCCACCCAGAGACGGCGUACAAUUUCCCCCCUCUGUACCGCGAGGUGUUCAGCAGUGAAAUCACCUUCCCAGACUCCACAAUGGGCUAAAAAUCUGUUCAGAUAUGAAAGUGAUUCAUAUAGAGACAGAAAAAUGUAGGGAAAAAGAGGUAGAGAGGGAGAGGAACGUGGCAACAGCGAAGCAACCAGCAGCUCAGUGAAAAUCCUGCACGCUACACUUUAGGAACACUACUCUCAGUCGCUUGGACUGUAAGCCAGUCCAGGCUAUGAAAUUCAACACUAGGUGCUGGGUACUAUGAGCAUGCUACUUAUUUUUGUUGUUGACUAAAAUGGUUCUGAGAAUGUAAUUUUGCAAUAUCAGAUGGUUUUCAAAAAGAGCUUGAGAUCUCCCUCAAGUUAAAGUCCUCUGUAAAACGAGUAUGAUGUCUUUGAAUGUACCCCACAGACAUGCAGCACAGCCCUAGGUUUGAGACAGAGUGUACUAUACACCCUACUAUCCUGCCCCAUGGAGGAGUUGCUGUGUAGAUCUUUAUUUUAUUGCAGUUCUUCAGCUCAAUUUUAGUUUCUUAUUUGGUAGUGCCCAUACUUUGCAGUUUUGUAUGCUAUGAACAAACUGUUUAAAGGGACCAAGAUCAAACAGAUAGUCGGGCAGAUUUGUUUUGAAUGCAAGUCAUGGACACAGAGACCCGGGGUGUCUAUUACCAUCCAUGCAGACUUGCACACACAGCACUAAGACAAAGCACUUAUGCUGACCUAUAUAUGUAUUUUUACAGGCACACAUUCAGACACUGAUAUUUUUGAGCUCUUGACUUUAUUUUUUAAAAUGCAAUCAAAGACCUCGGUCCCACUACCCUUUCCCCUUGCAAAUGCCACUUAGAGAGAAAGAGAGAAUCACAGAAGUAUUUUGAAAGUAUUUUUAAACGUUCCUUACGUAUACACUUAUAUUUAAUCAUGUAAAAUAAAAUUAGACAGGGAUUUAUAUAGAUAUAUAGAAUGAUUCAGGUCGUUAUUGUAAAAGAGAAUGUGUUUUCAAUGACUUACCUGGUUAAAUAAAGGCAAUUAAAUAAAGAUACAUAGAUUCUCCAG